GAGGAAGAUGACGGAAGUGGGCAAGAACACAGAGAGGAAGAGAGGAGCCAAGCCGGAAAUCAAGAUUCAAACCAAUGGAAGAAACACCGUGAUGACGAUCCUGUGUACCCAGGUGCUCCCCUCACAAAAGGACAGAGUCUGCUCUUACUCAUGUCAUAUGUACUGAGGCACAAUUUGACAGGAGUAGCUCUUCAGGAUCUUCUUACAAUGUUUAAUGAACAUUUCCCUGGCUUGGUGCCAGCAACCUCAUAUCUUUUUCAUAAAGCGUAUGGACAGUUUGGCCACUAUGUGCCCCAUUUUUAUUGUAUCAACUGUGAAAGCUAUAUGGGACCCAGUGAGACAGCUCCAAAAGAUUGUUCUUCUUGUAAUGCUGAAUUUGACAUUGAGAGAAACUUAAGGGUUGGGUCUUACUUUCUUGUACUUAGUCUAUCAACCCAAAUAGUGGACAUUGUGAAAAAAUCUGGGAUGCAUUUAAAUGAAAGACAAUCAAUUCCAGGCAUUAUUUCAGAUAUUCAGUGUGGGGCUGAAUAUGAAAAACUCAAGAAGAGUGGACAAAUAGGGGCUGAUGACAUAUCACUAAUGUGGAAUUGUGAUGGAAUUCCAGUUUUCAACAGCAAUAAUUUUCAGAUAUGGCCAAUUCAGUGUCAAAUCAUAGAGCUGUCACCAAAAGAUCGCCAAGCCAACAUAUGUAUACCAUGCUUAUGGUUUGGUAAAAGCAAGCCAAAUAUGAUCACAUUUUUAACUGCAUUUGUGGCAGAGCUCAAGGAACUGGAACAGACUGGAAUUAAAUGGAUGGACUCUGAAAAUGUAGAGCAUACAAGCAAAGUUCAUUUACUCCUGUGCUCCUCAGAUUCAGUUGCUCGCCCCCUCCUGAGAAACACAAAACAGUUCAAUGGCAAAUAUGGGUGUGACUUCUGCCUUCACACUGGUGGUGGUCCAUAUGUCUGGGAAACCCCAGAACCACCUUUACGGACAGAGAUGGAUCAUUUUCUGCAUGCUAUGCUGGCAACACCUGCUAAUCCAGUAAUGGGUGUGAAAGGCCCAUCCCCUUUGAUGGAACUUGAGAGCUUCAAGAUGAUCACUGGAUUCAUUCCUGAGUACCAACACAGUGUCUGCCUGGGUGUCACUAAACAGAUUACAUCUCUCUGGCUAGACAGUAAGCACCAUAAUGAAGACUGGUACUUGGGCGGCAAGGUCAGUGAUAUAGACCAGGAAUUGCUGGCCAUUAAACCACCUGUGGAGGUCACAAGGGCCCCAAGAUCAGUGAAGGACAGAAAAUUCUGGAAAGCAUCUGAGUGGAGUCCUGAACAGACAGUUGACGAUGAUGAUGAUAAUGCCACUGUCAUCAGUGACUUGUCGUGGGUGCCCGAAGAGCCGAUGGAUGAGGAGCCACCUUACAUGUGUGACCCCCACUACAAGUGA